CCGAUUAAAUUGAGCCGUCAUGUCAAUGCCAAACAGCGAUCACGAGAAGAGGAAGCAGAUAUCAGUGCGUGGCAUCGUCGAUGUCGAAAAUGUCGCAAACUUUAAGAAGACCUUUAACAGACAUCUUCACUAUACCCUGGUGAAGGACCGCAACGUCGCCACGAGCCGCGAUUAUUACUUCGCCCUCGCUCACAGCGUCAAGGACAAUCUCGUGUCACGAUGGAUUCGCACCCAGCAGCACUAUUACGAGAAAGAUCCCAAGAGAGUGUAUUAUUUAUCUUUGGAAUUUUAUAUGGGAAGAUCAUUGCAAAAUACGAUGAUUAAUUUAGGGAUACAAGGGGCAUGUGACGAAGCUAUGUACCAGAUGGGUUUGGAUAUAGAAGAAUUGGAAGAACUCGAGGAAGAUGCUGGACUCGGUAACGGAGGACUAGGUCGUCUAGCAGCCUGCUUUUUGGACAGCAUGGCCACGUUAGGUUUAGCCGCUUACGGAUAUGGUAUACGUUACGAAUACGGUAUAUUCGCACAAAAGAUAAAGAAUGGCGAGCAAAUAGAGGAGCCUGACGAUUGGCUUAGAUAUGGCAAUCCCUGGGAGAAAGCUCGGCCAGAAUUUAUGCUGCCGGUGAACUUUUACGGUCACGUGAUUGAUACCCCUGAGGGCAAGAAAUGGGUGAAUACGCAGGUCAUUUUUGCUAUGCCCUAUGACAGUCCAAUCCCUGGCUACAAAAACAAUGUUGUCAAUACAUUAAGACUGUGGUCCGCAAAGUCGCCCACAGAAUUUAAUUUGAAGUUCUUUAACGACGGUGACUAUAUACAGGCUGUGAUUGAUCGUACUUUGGCGGAAAAUAUCUCCAGAGUUCUUUAUCCUAACGAUAAUUUCUUCGAGGGCAAAGAACUUAGGUUGAAGCAGGAAUACUUUAUGGUAGCUGCCACUCUGCAAGACAUCAUCCGAAGAUACAAGUCUAGCAAAUUCGGCUCAAGGGAGCAUCAUAGAACAGAUUUCACAGCUUUCCCUGAUAAAGUAGCUAUUCAACUCAAUGAUACGCAUCCCUCGCUAGCUAUUCCCGAACUGAUGAGAAUUCUCAUUGAUGUUGAAAAACUUUCUUGGGAGGAGGCUUGGGACAUUACGAUACGUACUUGCGGCUAUACAAACCACACGGUUCUUCCUGAAGCGUUAGAGAGAUGGCCCACCAGUAUGCUGGAGAGCAUUCUUCCGAGACAUUUGCAGAUUAUUUAUGAAAUCAAUCACCUGCAUCUUCAAAACGUCGCGGCCAAAUGGCCCGGCAAUGUGGAUCGAAUUCGUCGAAUGUCUUUAAUAGAAGAGGAAGGUGAGAAGAGGGUCAACAUGGCUCAUCUGUCAAUCGUCGGUAGUCAUGCCGUAAACGGAGUUGCUCGCAUCCAUUCAGAAAUUAUCAAAGACAGUGUCUUCCGAGACUUUUACGAACUGACGCCAGAAAAAUUUCAAAACAAGACUAAUGGUAUUACACCAAGAAGAUGGCUGCUGCUAUGUAAUCCAAAUCUAUCUGAUAUAAUCGAGGAAAAAAUUGGUAGUGAAUGGACAGUUCAUCUGGAGCAGUUAGAGCAAUUGAAGAAAUGGGCGAAGGAUCCAGUGUUCCAGCGUAAUGUUGUUAAAGUCAAACAGGAAAACAAAUUGCGAUUAGCCCAAAUAUUAGAGAAGGAAUAUGGUGUUCGGGUUAAUUCAGCAUCUAUCUUUGAUAUCCAGGUGAAGCGCAUACAUGAGUACAAACGACAAUUGUUGAAUUGCUUACACGUUAUCACUUUAUACAAUCGAAUAAAAAGAAAUCCGUCUGCUCAUUUUGUUCCGAGAACUGUGAUGAUAGGCGGUAAAGCGGCACCAGGCUAUCACUUGGCGAAGAAGAUUAUCAAGCUCAUCUGCAGCGUCGCUAAUGUGGUCAAUAAUGAUCCGAUCAUUGGGGAUAAGCUCAAGUUGAUCUUCCUUGAAAAUUAUCGUGUAACUUUGGCUGAAAAGAUCAUACCGGCCGCAGAUUUGAGCGAGCAAAUUUCGACUGCUGGCACCGAGGCGUCUGGCACUGGUAACAUGAAAUUUAUGUUGAACGGUGCGUUGACCAUUGGCACCUUGGACGGGGCAAAUGUAGAAAUGGCGGAGGAGAUGGGUAAUGACAACAUCUUCAUUUUCGGCAUGAGAGUGGAAGAAGUGGAAGCUCUGAAAAGUAAAGGCUAUAAUGCGUAUGAUUACUAUACUAAGCUGCCGGAAGCCAAACAAUGUAUCGAUCAAAUCCAAGGAGGAUUCUUCAGCCCAAACAAUCCCGAUGAAUUCCGAGAUAUCGCUGACGUAUUGCUUAAGUGGGAUAGGUUCCUACUCUUGGCCGAUUACGAGAGCUAUAUAAAUAUGCAGGAUUAUGUCAGCAAAGUCUAUCAGGACGAGAGCAAGUGGGUAGAAAUGACUAUUUAUAACAUAGCAUCGUCGGGGAAAUUCUCAUCAGAUCGUACAAUCGCAGAGUACGCACGUGAGAUUUGGGGCGUUGAACCGAACUGGCAGAAACUUCCAGAUCCGCACGACCCUCGUGAUAUUUAAGCAAAUCUCGCCAUGACUAUUGCUAUGACUUUAGGAUAACCAUUCAGAAUGAUCACACUUGCACAAAAGAGUAGAAAUUAUACGCAAAGAUAUCUACGUUGUGAUUAUCUUUUACAGUGUUCUAUGAAUAUUUACAAAUAUGAAGGCCUAAAUAUGGCGCAAAUAUUGCAUAUAUCUUUUCAUGAGUAGCCUUUUCACAAUGACAAUAUAGUACAAUGCUACUUUGAUUAUUAGAGUACUCUCUUUUCUUUUUUCUUGUAGGAUUGAAGAGAAUAAUUUUAUCAUUUGAUGUACCAUCUGUAAAUUAACGUAGCAUUUGUUCAAAUUAUCAUAAACGACGAGUAAAAAAUUUAUGAAUUAAAAUUGGAGAUUGGAUGUGCUUAGAUGACACAUGGCACGCCGUGUUAUGAUGCUCAUAUGGAUUCUAGAUAUCAUAUAAAUCAAAUAUAGAAUUUCAAUUAAAUUAUACGUAGAUAGAAUUUUUAUUGACAAAUUGAGCUAUAUUAUAUAACGAUUCUUUAUUCACGUAAUGAACGAAGGUAAGUAAAAAGGCCAUUCAAUGAAAGAUUAAAAAAAUAAUACGUUACAAAUUUUCCUGCAACAUGUCUUUCUUCCGUGCAAUUACACGAGUAUCUAUUUUGAAUAUCAAAUCGUCUAGUCCUAAUUGUGUCUGAUAUAUUUUCUGAUUGUGCGUAAUUUAUACAAAAGCAAUUUAUAAAGCUGUUUCAAACGUAAUAGAUUCUUAAUCUCAAUACGAAAAAAUAUUUGACAAAAAACGUACAGAAAUUUAAUGAAUCACAUAACUGUCUUAUCUUUAAAUGUUAAUGAGACAGAGAGAAAAGAAAGAGAAAGAGAGAGAAAGAAAUAUGUUUUUAUUCUCUACUUUACCAGGAGAUUAUCUGCACACUAAUUACGUCGUGGCAUAGUGUUUAUAAGUGGCACUUAUAUAAUGUUUAAAUAAUAUAUAUUAUGAAGAACAUUGUAAUUUGUUGAAAAUAAAUUUAUGGUGAAUAUU